AUGGUGUUCCAUACCGAUCAACCCACUGAUAUUCAGUUAAAUGAUUUGGAGAAGAGCGGGCACUCUUAUAAUCGUAAAAGACUUGGUUGCCCUUGUCCAGGAAUUUCUAUACUCGUAAAUCAUGGAUACCUUACUCCUGCUAGUAAGCACGAUAGGAUAAAACUUGGAGAACUUAUAAAAGCCCUUGUCAAAUGCUUUAAUCUUUCCUGGAUUCAUGCCGCCUUUCUGAGCAUCCUAGCGAUUAUUCUCUGCGGGAAGGGAUUAUCAGUUUCGAUCUCAGAGUUAGGCACUCAUGACCGCAUAGAGCAUGAUGGAAGCAUCACUCGCCAUGAUCAUGGAGCGGGAGACUCGCUGAAUCCAGAUGAAAAGUUGAUCGAUGAAUUUCUCGACACGAGGGCAAUCCCACAUCCAGUCUCGUUAAGCGAUUUUGCUCUUCGAAGAGCGGAAUUAGCCACUUUCGCUCGUAGACCUCUAUCACUGAAAGCUCGCAUGACAGCUCUUGGGGAAGUUGGACUUAUAUUCUCUAUAUUCGGGAACAGGCAGGACUCUGUACAUUCGACCUCACUUGAAAAUAUAUACCUGCACGAAAAACUUCCCCGGGAGUGGAAUAAACCCAAGCGUCCAAUAUCAAUAUGGGAUGUGGUCAAGAUUGGUUGGCAUUUGAACAAGAAGAUCAAGGUUUACAACAAAACCAAGGGCUGA